AUGGCCAGACUGGCUUAUAAAGUUGACUUUAAGAGAGGUUUGCCUGUUCCUUUGAUCUUUCAUAGUAUGACUAUUCCCAUCAACAGGAAUCUUGCACUGGUGGCAAGAACUCAAUAUGCGUCUCCAGUGGUGGUGUACCCCCCUCCAAGAGUCGGAAAAUGCGCACUUGACAACGGAGUCAAUAUUACGAGAUGGGAAGUACGUAUAUCUGGAUCGGACACACUCCAGUAUUCCUCAGGGAACAAUAACAAGAUAUCUAAUAAAAAGCCCGAAGUUGAUACCGAAUAUCUAAGAAGAAAGGCCAAUUUGGGUUCAAUGGUGCAAAUAUUGCAGGUAAAAGUUCCAAAAAUGUUAAACAAGCUGCCCCCAAAGGAAAUUAUCUCUAAAAAUAUCACACUAAGAGUUUUACCUAAUCAAUUUCCUAAUUUACCACAAUUUAAAGGCUAUCUAUUAUAUUCCACAGCUCUGAAAGCAAUCCAAAAACUCCUUUCCAUGUUUUAUUUGAAUCCAGAUUCUGAAAUUCAUGUGACAAAUAUCAAAAUAAUAGAACCGACAAACUCUAUGUCUUCCGAUGAACUCAUUAACUUGUCAAUUGAUAACACUUUAUUAGAAAAUGAAAAGUUGGAGAACAUUCCUAAUCAGGAUGCUUCCAAGUAUACUACGAAAAUAAAGGUUAAAUGGAGAACUUGUCUUUCCGGUUGUCAACAUCUAAGAGAUAAAAAAACCAGAGAUGCCAAAUUUGGUAGUUACAGCCUCGACAAUUUCGACUGGACCAAAUUUUUGAAGUCUCCAAAUCCAUUGGAGACAGUUUCCUUAUUAGAGGCAAAGAAAACCUUAGAGGGAUUUGCCAAGUCUUUGGACCCAUCAGGAAAUAACAAUGAAAAUGUGGGACGCGUACUCACUGGGGUUUUCAUUUUUGAGCUAGAUGCUAAGAAUGAGAAAAUUACAGUAAUGACAAUUGAUAACAUGGAAAUCUUAGAGAGUGAAGAAAUGAAUUAUAGUGAUAACAUCCUAGCGGCAUAA